CGGACCCCGCCGCGGAGCGAGUGCGGUCCUCGAGGGCGCGGCGUGUGGGCUGGGGCGCGCGGCCCGCCGCUGGCCAUGGCCUUCACUUUCGCCGCUUUCUGCUACAUGCUCUCCCUGGUGCUGUGCGCCGCGCUCAUCUUCUUCGCCAUCUGGCACAUCAUUGCCUUCGAUGAGUUAAGGACGGAUUUUAAGAGCCCCAUAGACCAGUGUAACCCUGUUCACGCGAGGGAGCGGCUGAGGAACAUUGAGCGCAUCUGCUUCCUCCUGAGAAAGCUGGUGCUACCAGAAUACUGCAUCCACAGCCUCUUCUGCAUCAUGUUCCUGUGUGCUCAGGAGUGGCUCACCCUGGGGCUGAACGUCCCUCUACUUUUCUAUCACUUCUGGAGGUAUUUCCACUGCCCGGCAGAUAGCUCGGAGCUAGCCUACGACCCGCCGGCGGUCAUGAAUGCCGACACGUUGAGCUACUGCCAGAAGGAGGCCUGGUGCAAGCUGGCAUUCUACUUGCUGUCCUUCUUCUACUACCUUUACUGCAUGAUCUACACGCUAGUGAGCUCUUAGCUCAGACUGCGCACCAUCAGAGGCUGAGGUCACGUGUGCUGGUGGCUGGAGAAGGACCCAGAUGGGGCCAUGUGAGAGACACCUGUGGACUGCCAAGGUCACGGAGCGCAGGGUCGCUGCCCAGCCCGCCCCAGGGUUGCGAUCCCUUCUGGGCCGUGGGACCUCUCCUGAGCCAGGACUGCUGAAGCAGCGGUCCCUGAGCGCACCUCCCCACAGCUCCGUGCCGUGCACACGGAGCCCCAGGACCACGCGGGAGGGGCGGCCGGGGGCUGCACGGUGCCUGCCCAGGAGUGGAAGGACCCAAGACCCAGGCCGCGUCUGUGGGACCCUCGGAGCCCGAGGGCGUGGCGGGCUACCCGAGCCUCUCGUGUUUCUUCUGACCCCUGGCCACGGCCUGCGCUUCUGUGGGAGGGCCUGGGGGUGCAUGCAUUCGCCUCUGGCUCAAAGGCCCUGACCCCGCAGGCCGUCUGCUUUGGGAGAGCCGGCUCAGGACACCAGGAGUGGGGCCUGGGGCUGUGUUGGUCAGGAGUUAUGUCCAAAGUCAAGAGGAGGCGGGAAUCCGAGGGAAAAACGAUUUUUUAAAACCCCGACAUGUUCAAAGUGUUAGUCCUUUGCCACCACAGACCGUACUCUGCUGCCAUCAGUCGCAAACCAUCACAGAAUCAAUGAAUGCAGAUCGACUGCUCAACAUUGGCAAGGCUGCCUUGUCUCGAGGACCCCAAGCGGCCGCGAGCCCAGAAAUGCUGUGGUGCCUGCUUUGUGCCACGCGCAUCCGGCGGCCGGGAGGUGACACGGCGGGGUGACAUGACGCUGCGCUGUUCCCUGUGUUAGCUCCACGCGAGGACACUCGCUUAGUUAGAAUUUUCCAUAUGACAUUCUCUCCUCUUCGGGUAGGAGUUGUCACAGGGGGUUGUAAAUAAUGACAAGGCUGAGAUGUUUUGUGUUUAAAUUGGGCACAAUGAUUUCCACUUCAUUCCCCAAACUUCCCUUCCUUUCUUAUGUUUGACACACACGGGCUAUUUAUACCUGCACCCAGCUCCAUCGGGGCCUGUGAGUCAGGGUUACGGAUGGUGCUGGUAACGCCGAGUGCGCUAUGUUGAAACUGCAGUGGCAGCUCAGUGUCUCACCGACCUGGCUGCUCUCAUUUAAACCCUGUUACAGGCUGGCUUCGCCUCUGAGUGGUUGGUAAACUGGUAGCUUAGGAAAAAAAGUUUCCAAAAGGUGUUUUGCUUCUAAAAAUUGUAGAGAGAACAAAACUCCGAUUUCUGCGCUGAGGCUGAAGGUAUAAAACCGGGGGAUUCCAGGCGGUAUUUUGGGGAGCGACUUGACUCCCCUUGAUCCAGGCAGUGUCCAUCGUCCUGGCUGGGUUUCUGGGGCUGCUCAGCCUCGUCUCCGACCCCGUUCCCGGGAAGACCCGCUGCAGGAGCCCUUUCCCAGCCUUGCUUUUCACCUUGGAGCUGUCUUGCUUGUUUUUGUACUUUGCCUCCUUCCAGAAAGCUGUGAAGUGGCUCGUAGUAGCAGAUACAAACACAAAGAGACCAUGGGAAUGGAAGUAGGGAUUUCUGACACACUGACUGCCUGAGGUUCUGUUUACUGAGAUUGAACAUUAAAUGUUGCUUUCUCUUCGCAGUAAAUAGUAGUUCACAUUCGCCUAAAGCUUCACCUUCUACAGAUUGCUUUCACAUCUUAUUUGACCUUCCUCACCAUCCUAUGCGCUCCAUACACUUCUUUUUCCCAUUUUCCAAGUGAGGAAGCAGAGGCUCAGAGAGGGUAAGUGACUUACCUGUAGUCACGCAGCAGUCACAGAUCUGCUUUUAAACCCAGGUCGCCUGACUUCACAAACCCCAUGUCCUUUUCUUUUCUUUUCUUUUUUUUUUUUUAAAGAUUUUAUUUAUUUAUUCAUGAGAGACACAGAGAGAGAGAGGCAGAGACACAGGCAGAGGGAGAAGCAGGCUCCUUGCAGGGAGCCUGAUGUGGGACUCGAUUCUGGAUUCCAGAAUCAUGUCCUGAGCCAAAGGCAGAAGCUCAACCACUGAGCCACCCAGGCAUCCCUCCCAUGUCCUUUUCUGUCACCUGAAAGCCAGCAAAGUAACUUAGGCUCUUGUUACAGUUCCAUUAGUCUGAACUUGAGAAAAGGAGAUCUAAAGACAUAGAGCUGUAGAUGAAGUGCCUCGUUUUCUUCUCCUUCUGUGAGAGCCUCAGACUUGCUUUGCUGUGGCAGGUUCUCCCCCCAAGGGGGUCCUCUGCAGGUGCAGGAACAUCCAAGUACCUCCCUCCUACAGGCUGUGACUGGGAACAACUCUGCUGCUCUGUCGGGAGCUGGAGCCAAUUCUCAGGUCCUGGGAGAAGUGAAUCAUGUGCAUAGAGGUGAGAGUGGUGAGCACAGCUGCUGGAGCAGCGCUGGGUGCCAGGUGGUCACCCCAGGUUAGCGACGAGGAAGCCAGGGAGGCUCGGGGUGUGUGAAUCUGCCCCAGGGACCGAGCCAGACCAGGGCCCAGCAGUAACCACAGCUCUAAAUCAAGGUGUGGGACGUUGUAGGACGUCAGAGGCCCUCAGCUAGGGAGGGCAGGCAGAACAAGGGCCAUCAUUAAAGCCCCCUGUGACUUUCCCCACAUAAUACUGCCUGCUGGGAUAUCUUCACCUGUCCUUGUUGGUCCCACAGAAUCGACCCCAGGCAGGGAGUCAGUGGAGCUGGGGUCAGUGCCUUGGGUAAGUCCCACAGUGGCUGAUGGAUGGCUGUCCCUGCCCAGCAUGGCUCUGGGCACCUGGGAGAGAGGUCUUCAGGGGCAUAGGCAUCAGGGAAGGUCCUGGGGGGACCUGGUACCAGUUUCCUUGGAACAUUAGAGCUGUAGGCCAAAGGCACAGGGUGGAACCUGCUGGGGUCACUUACUUUUCACAUCACCAAAUGACACCCACUGCACGACUUGUUAGGUUAAAUGAGGUAAUAUUUUCAGAGAACCGAGAUGAGCUCCCUGUACAUGGUAAGUCAGGCCCUCCCUCUGUAGGAGCUGGGUCUUCCUUGCCAUCCCCACAGUGCCCUGGGUACAUCCAAGUCCACGGCCUCUGGGGCAGGGAGGUCACCUGGACCAGCUGUCUGCCGAAUGCCUCAUCCCGUCCACAAUAUCCUGACCCCUCUUUCCAGCACUGUGUUGCCAGCCCAUGGCCACUGCCCUUGGACACUGGCCCUGGCAGGAGUCCUGUAGAGUACAUAUAUGCAUGGUCUCAGUGCCACAAUAUUGCAAAAUAGGAGCUGCCACUGGGUCCAGUUCAUAGUUCAAAUAGUCCAAAUGCUGAAGCUGGUGGAAGUUACUCGGGUGACUGCUUGCCCUCCUCCUCCAUCCAAGUGAGGAGGGCAAGCAGGAGCCAUGCUGUCUGAGCUCGGGGGUCUUGUGCAGGCUUCCCGACCUUUCUGACACUGAGCUUUCCUACCUGGAAGGUGAGGGAAAACACCUGCCUGGCUAGAGUGGUUGUGAGUCCUGUGUAGACGGCCUGCCUCGUCCCAGGCGCUCUGGGUCUGCCCACGUCGGUCCUCAGGGCGGCUCCCUGCCUGCCCUCGCAGACUGAAGACAGCCUUCCUAAAUAGAACCUCAGCUGCCGUCCUUCCCACUCCCAUCCUGCGGCCGGCUGUACCGGUGUGCGACCCAAGGACACAGCUCAGCCCUCCCGAGCAGAUCUCCCCUUUCCUUCUAUUUUUAGGCUUGGCAGUUGCACCGAUGUUGAUUGAAGUUGUGGCUGUUGAGACAGUUCUGUUCUCCCUCGAGAGAGAUGAGUAGCACCAGCAGGUGCUUGGGCAGCUGCACAGACCCCUCUCCCAACCUCCCCCAUUCCUACACGUGGGCUGCUCCAAACCAUGCGCUGGUGAGAGUGGUCCAGACCUCAGCAGAGGCUGCGGUCCCUGGGUGUUGGGGGAGGCCCCAGGACUGGGUUUUGGCUGCUCCCAUGCCCAGGAGCCAUGCAGGGUAGCAGGCCACAGCAGGCUUUGCCCCCACAUUGCUACGACCAUCUCUCUGCUGCUCAGCUCUAGCCAGGUGGCUCUGGGUGCCCUGGGAGUCUUCUCGUGCUGACCUUGACCUCUUGACCACCAUGUGAUGCCCACAUAUUCCUUCCUUCCCAAAUGGCCUAGUGCUAGGCUGUGGGAGCCAGUUGUUAGGUUUCUUGGGGAUCCUGCUCAACAGCUGUCCAACACAGCCUUUAUAAGAACUGGUUAUGUAAGCUUAGAACAAAAUAAAUUAUACUCAAAACAAAGGUAACGUAGAGUCAAAACUCACCACCUCAUGAUUAUGUCACUACAUUUUGCUAUAUCUGUGCUCUUGAGGUUACGUGUGUUGCCCCAACGGUGGGAUCGAGGUGUCACCGUGUGCUUUGGUGAGCUUGAUGAUGUGCAGCUGUAGCUUGAAAUUGGCCAUGGUUGGAGUACUUGCACCACAGAAGUGAGCACAGGUGGCAGAUCCAGUCCCCUCCUCCCUUGCAUGCAGUGCUUCUUGUUGGAGGUUUACUAAUUCCUGGGGUUCACACCUGGCUGUACACAGUACUCCCAGCUCUGGCACCAAAGGUGACACUGCAGAGCCAGUGACCAAGUGGCAGGUGGGCGGCCAGUACCUCUGAAGGCAUCCUAAGUCUUGACGGGGUGGGCCUGGAUGUGACGUAAGUAGACUUCUCUGCUGAGUGGAAACAUGCUUUUGUACUUUGGCCUUGAUCCCAGUGCCCUUGAGUCACUGUGGGGGCCGCCAUCCUUCCUGUAUGGUGGGUCCCAUCCCAGGGGUCUUCUGCACCCUCCUACCGCUGGACACAUGUGUCUUGUAUGAAUGCUGGGGUGAAUGCUGACCACACUCCAUCAUGUUAUCCACCCUGUAGGGGAUCUUGGGGCUCAGGGCAUCUCAGUGAGGUCUGCAGCUGUGCUUUGCACACAGAUAAGCUCAUGACCUGCAGCUCCUUCUCUGCUGGGCUCUGCAGGCUGGCGAGGGUGGAUGUCUGCUCCCGGCCAGCCCCAGCCCUGCAGAUGCUGAUCAUGCACAUCUCCUCCAGGCAAGACACUCUCCCCUCCAGACCAGGCACCACAGGGGCAAAUGCACACCCCUUGGUUGAGAGACUCACCAGCACAAGGAGGCUGACAGCCAGUGGAGAGACUUCCAAGCCACCGUGGCAUUUCUGAGCAGCAGACCCUAUCCCUUCCAGCGAUGCUUGGCAUCUCAGAGAAAUGGCAUCUCCUUUCUGGUAGGGAUACAUCUCUGAGAUGUUAGAGCAGGGCACCUGGGGAAAGUGAGAACCAAUUAAACACCAGUCCCCACAUUAAAUUAUAAUGAAGGCAUCCAUCAGGCCCCCAUGCUGGGGAUGGUCUGCAGCGAUGGAAACAACAGAACUAGAGGUUCUCAGGGAAAUACUGCUGGUUCGUGGCCCCACAGGACAGGUCAUCUGAUGCUGUUCUGAUUUUCCCAUAGCUCCAUGGAGGGUACAUUUGAUGUCGAGGUGGCAUUCUGGGCUCCGCGGGCUGCGGAGAGCCCUGUGUGUGGUGGGGUGUCAGGUAGAAGCAGAGUUCUGUGGUCAAACCCCCGUGGGACCUGCAGCCUAAACACCCCCACACACCUCCCCAGCUUACCUGUGCAGGGGGCUCUGGCCCCAGCAUCAAGGGGGAGGCUGGUCGGCUUGCAGGGCACUUGGGAUGAGCGGGGAGUGGGGCAGAGCCCUCCGGUUGAGGGUGGCCUGGGAGACGAGUGUGCAUUGGGGUGAGAUAGGUCCACACAGGGAACUGAGGAUGGGAAUUAGUGUGAAAAAGUCAGGCUUGGCCCAAACUGGCCAACAGCGCUGAUGAGAAUUAAUCCACAUAAUUCAAGGGCAGAAAAAUGUAGGAAAGACUGGAUUCAGGAUCCCAUGGAUUAUAAACUCCAGGAGGACAGGCUUUCAUUAGGUAGCUCCCAGAGCUGAGCGGAGUUUUUAUUAGGCCACUGCAAGUAUAUGUUGAAUGAAAUUUUGGAUCACAUCUGGAAUCAGCAGGAAGCAGAGAGCCACUCCGGUUGGUAGGAACCCAUAUCUUGGGAGGACUGUGGGGGCUUCGUGCAGCCAUGUCCUGGACACACCUUGCUGGGCUCGGGAGCAGUGAAACAGGUGCAGGCACUGCCUGGGUGCCUAUAGAUACCCCCCACUGCAAAGACCUCUCUGGGCUUGUUCUUCUGAAUCAGGAAGAUACAACCCCUAGGCUCACAAGAGUAGAUGGUGGCUCUGCAGUCAUGGAAUGACCAACGCUAGACUCCACCACCUUCCAUGCUCACAACAGCUAGAAAACCUUGAGGAAAAAAUGAGCCCAGCUUCUGGUUGCCACUCACUGGCUUGGGAGGGUCUGGCACACAGACGCAGCUGUGGCCCAGCCCUCGAGCAACAGUCCUGGCAGACAGGUCCACCUGCUUGAGGCCAUUAGGAUUGCCUGCGUUGUCCACAACGGCAAAGAGUAGGGAGAGUCAGGUGCACGCUGCUCUUCCCGGCCUGGGCCUAGAGCUCAGGUGUGCAGUCCCGCUCACCCACACAGAAGAUGCGCCCUGCGGCCGGCCGGUGAACACGCAGCAGCACCUCCCCCAUGUGUGUGCACUGACCAUCAGUAGGUCAUUGCGCAGGUGUUAGACAUGUAGUAGCAUAGAGUCUGGGGAGGAAGUUCUGGGCUAGCGCUGUGCAUUCAUAAAUAGCCUUCUGGACGAUGAGAGGGGAAGAAGAAAGAAAAGGAACAGGUAAUAGUUUUAUCCAUAAUAUCCUCUCUGGUUGGUUUUCAUCCUUGAGCCUUGCCUUCUACAAUCUCACCAGCAGCAGUGGGUGUUGGUGGGGGGCAGGAAGGUGUGGAGUCUCUUCCUUGUGAGUUAGAGUCGACCGCUUGUGCUCACUCAUGCACACACACUCACACACAUAUUCACACACCAUGCACACUCACGUGUGCACAUACUCAGAUACAUGCAUGCACACACUUAUACAGUCACACACUUUGUCCCACGAUUGGCCCCUCCUGUCUUCUGCCCUUCUAAGCUUCUGAUGAGAAGGAAAAGGAAGUAGCAGGAGAACAGGAGGAGGGGGAGAGUGGAGGGCAGAGGAGAAGUCAGUCAGCUAUUUUAAGGACAUGAAAGUCUCCUCAUAAGUCAUUACAGUCUCCUUGCCAGUUCAUUUCCGUUCGAAUGAAGUUGAAAGGUAAUCUGGUAAGUUUCAUUAUCUCUGCAUAUAAUUCAUAAGUUUAGAUGAAUUACCAUGACAUAGUGUGUAGGAGGAUUUCAAGGUCUGGCAAGGUGACAAUUACAGGACCUCACUGGAACUGACAGCUGGUAUUGCAAUGAUCUCCUUUUAUUGAGAUUCUCUGUGUGAUUAGAAAAAAAAAUCCCAGCAAACUGAGUCAUGAUCAGUGGCCACUGCUGCUCCCACGUAGAUCCCCAGAGGUGCAUGUGGUGUGUGUGCAAUGGCAGAGCCUCCAUGGCUGAUACAGGGCUUUGUAGGCAGAGGACUCUCAUGUGUAGCCCAUGACAAGAGCAGCUCAGAUGUGUGUAGAAGGGCACGUUCAGUUGCAGAAUCCUGUAGAAGGCUGAGAAAGAGAAUCAGAACUCAGUUAUCAGCACAAGUCAGCUUGUUUGUGAGAGCCUCUGCUCUGCUCAGGCUGGACAUGUAUUGCCAUGUCCAUUCUGCAUCUCUCAGGUAAAGACAGAGCAUAAAUGUUUGUCGGGUGGACCAGGAGAAAAGGUGAAGCCUUCUGGAAGCAGUAAAACAUUGCUUUGUGCUAAGUAUGCUUAAGCUGGCGGGGUAUCUUCUACAGCCUUGAAAUAUGUGUAAGCAUAUGAAAUAAACUCAUGAGUUUCAGAAUAAUCACACAGUGAGUGCAGACAUGGAGUACCUAUGAAAGUUAAUUCAUCUAUUUAUUCAUUUGUAUAUUAUUUAUUCACCCACUUACCUCAUUUAUUCCAUGAAUGUUUAUAAAAUAUCUGUAUAACAUUGAGUGUACAAAAAUGAGUAAAGUGAAACUGCAGGUCUCAGUCCUCAGACAGCUGACACCUAUCUACUUCCCUGCCUCUGUCUCCAUCCAUCCAUCCAUCCUCCAUCUCCACCCAUCUUCCAUCCCCAUCCAACCGUACAUCCUCUAUCCAACCAUCCAUCCAUCCAUCCAUCCUCCAUCCAUCUAUCCAUCCAUUCUCCCAUCCAUCCACCCAUCCACCCAUCCAUCCUCCAUCCCCAUCCACCCCUCCACCCAUCUAUCCUCCAUCCAUCCAUCCAUCCAUCCAUCCAUCCAUCCAGCAUGCCCACUGGGUCUUCAGCAGCCAUCAAAGAUUCGAGUUUAUUUCAACCCCCAAUAUUAUAGCUCCAUGAAACUCUGAAGCCCUCCCAUAGUUCCUCUGUAAUCUCAAUAUUUCCUCCUUCUCCCUGCCACUAUGCCUGGACAGUCCAUACUCUCAUUGGUAUGAACUCAGAGGCUUGCCCCAUCAUUGUUUUUGCCUCUCUAAUUCAUAUGCCUCAAUUAUUUUGUGAGUUUAGUAAUUUUACAUAAGAUGAGGGAGAGUGGGGGGAAGAGCUACAGCAUGGAGCCUUUGUCCUUAACCCCCUCCUCUCCCUUCCGCUCAUUCUUCUUGUGUUUCCUCUAAAGAUAUACAAAUAAAUGUGACUUGUAACCCUCCCGGCUCCAAUACACACACACACACACACACACACACACACACACGCAUGCAUGAGCACACGGGUGUAUACACACACACCCUGCAGUCUCAUAUUGAAUAAAUCGUAUUCUGGAGGCUCAACUUUUACCCCAGGUUAGUUGGUCAAAAACAGUUUUCUGAAGAAACCUUUCCAAAAGAAAUUCUAGAAAGAAAAAGGAUAUUUUCUCCCUCUACUCUAUAUUAUUUAUCUAUGUACAUUCUAUCUUAAAGCCCGAGUCUUAAGGCCUGGCCUGGAUGGAUGAAUGUGGGAUGGGAGAAGACAGACAGGCAGGUAGGUGAGUUAUAUGCCCUAAAACUAGAGUCAGCUUUUAUAUACCUCAGAAAAAGAGCAUGGAAAACUUCAACCACUACGGUUCUAUCGGCAUUUCCAUUUCUUAAGCUAAUGUUCUUGAAGAUCUUGGCCCAAGAUCACACACUGAAAGGUACAAACAUGCAUUCAAUCAAGUUUAAGCAAAAAGGCAUGUAUGAGUUAUCUCUUGCUACAUAACAAAGCACCCCAAGACUUAGCUGCAUAAAAUAACAAACAUCCAUUUUCUAAGGGCCAAGAAUUGUGGGGUGGCUUAGCAGCAUCCUUCUGGCUUUGGGUGUCUCUUGAGGUUGUAUGGAUGUUGGCUGGGCUGAGGUUACCAGAAGAUGGAAGUGCCUCUGGGAGGCUCUGGCUGCCAGCAGGGCUCGGCUCCUCGAAACGUGGGCAUCCCCUCAUGGCAUGGACAUGCUUCCUCCAGACAACCCAGCGGGGAGGGAGAAGUAAGUCCCUUGUAUUUCAGUACCUGGCUCAGGGGUGGAGGGGACUGCACUGGCCUGGCAGCGAGGCCAUUUGGGAGGCUGGCUACCUCUGGCACAGACUUACGGACAGCAGAUCCAACCUUAUGACUGACCAUCUGAGUGCAAGAAGCCAGGAGAACUCAGCUGAGAGGGCAGGAGCUUGGAUCUCUUUCACCCCUGUUGGUGUUGACCGUUACUGCCAGGGCUCACACUUCCUGAGCAAUUAGCCUAUGUCCUGUGUUAAGUGCUUUGCAGAGAUGAUCACAUUUAAUUCCAGAUCACAUGCCUAUUUCACAAAGGAGAUGGAACAGGUGAUGUUGAAGGUUAUCUGGCUGGAGUUUCUGUGCGGCACUCUGACAUUUCUUUACGUGGAAAGCCACUGGCCACUGCAUUAGGUUUUCAUGUUCUAGCUCAGGGGCUGGUCCUUUGGAGACCGUGGGAAUAGCACCCUAAACUAGGGGGCAUCAUUUAGCAUGGCAGGCAGAUUGGUCAGCAUGUGUGCCAGAGCAAGCGAUCACUGAGUCAAGCUGAAGACUUUGCCUUAAUGACGCCCUUGGUAAACAGAAGUCUGCAUCUGCAAUCAGUAGCUGAAAGCACUGAAAGUCCUGUGGAAGAUUCUCAUCCGGGUACCAGCAUUUAAAUGUAUGCGACUGUUUUUCAUAUUGAAUUUCCCAUCUCGUGGCGUGCCAUUCUGCAGCUGAAGGAGCGCGGGGAGGGUUUCGGAAGGUGACACAGUAUGAGUCCCAGAGGAAGGGCCUCGAGUGGGUGUCUUUGGAACAUACACCCAGCUCCUUUUGCCCAUGAAGGAGAGAGGAUAGGAGCCAGAAUUCUCCUGUAAAAAGUAGAGAAAUCACUUAAAUACCAAGCACUUCAUCCCACUCUUUUAUAUUUUUAUCUCAUUCCAUCUUUUUAUAUUGUUUUUCUGUUUCUGGUGAAUUCAUAUCCACCAAGCUGGCAAAUAGGGGGAGUGGAUAAGCAGGAUCCAUUUCUGAGACAGGGGAGUGCUCACUCACUCAUUCAACAAACACCGUUGAGCUUUGGCAUGCGAGGUGUCCUGCUGGGUGGUGGCCCAUGCAGAACUCAUUCAUCAUCCUCUGGCUGUAUUUAUUGAGUGCUUUUUAGCUCCCUGGCACCCUGACAGAUGCUGUGAAGUUUUUUAAAAAAAGAAGAAAAAAGAAAAGGCAAGAUAAAGGAGUCGAGCUUCUCCUUCCUUCAAGACAUACCCAUAGAAAAAUAAAAUUAAUAUGAAACAAUCAAGAAACAUAGCAAGGCAGUCAUAUAAUAAUGCCCGCCCCCUGAAAAUAAUGAGGCUUUAUUAUUAUGGAUCUUUCUGUGUUCUACACAUUCAUAGAAGCUUCUCUUGCAACAAAAUGUAGAAAUUAUCCCUAAAGGUUAGUCUCCAGGUAGUGAUGGAGUGCACAUUUUUUGUGGAAGCACCAGGCAUACACACAAGGGGCCCACAAAUGGUUAGAGUCCAGGGAGGCUUCUCAGGGGAGGUGUCGGGGGUGGGGGGCUCUGCAGCAGCAGGUAUGCUCACAGGGGGCUGAUUCCAAGAGCCUAAUGGAGUGAGGUAAGUAAGGAGGGAGUGCUCUGGGCCCAGUCUCACCCCUCUGACCUGGUGUCACUCUGAAUCAGAUGUUUCUGUGUUGCACCUCACCCCCUAUGCCCCUGAGAAGAUCUGGAGCUGGGUUGGAUGCUGUGAUGAGCACUCAGGUUUGGGCAAGGCCAGGUUGGACACUCCUGGGUCGACCCUGCAGCUCAAACCUUGUCAGUUCUAAAGAUGAGGAUUCCCCACCACCCCACUCCCGAGAACGGCCUGACUCCUGGAGUCUUCAGUCCUUUUCCUGGCUCCAAACCCCAGGCCAGGGCCAUUGUGGAGAUGACAGGGGAUUGUGGCACGAGCCCACAGCCUGUGGGACUAGUAUUAUUCAACCUGGAGAAAACUGAAGGAUGAAACAAAAUGAUCUGUAAGUACCUCAAAGUUCUAAUGCAAGAGGCUGGUGAUGCUGAUUCCUCUGAAGGCAUUUGAAGAAACCAAAAGGGUUAUGAUGACACAGUCAGGAUUGGGGUCAGCCCUUGGGGCCUCUGCCCACCCUGGUAUGGCCAACACGUCUGUGCAGGCACCACCUGUGAGGGGACCCAGCAGGAUUCUCCUGGCUUGGGCUUUCAGUGCUGACCCCAGGAGGGUCCUAGGCAAACCAGGGAUGAGAGUCCCUCUGCUGGGUCACCCUGGUCCAGGCUCAGGUGCAUCCCCUCCAAUCCCACCCAUAGGGACCAUACUGUCCAACAUAACCCAAUGACCCUCAGUUGCAGGGGCGGGGUCUACCUGAGACCAUGUGGCCUGGCUGGUCAGAGAGGCCUAGUCAGGGUGGAAAACACCAGGCCUGGGCACAGGACGAGGGCAUGUGACAAAGUCAUCUGUCAGGGAGCAGCCCCGGCCCCAAGCCUGGAGCUGCCACGUCCGCCUACCUUCCUCUCACUCAUACACACAAGCUCACCAACCCUUGGCUUCUGCAAGAAGUGUGGGGAGCAAUUUCUGGCAGUUAACAAGACUGACUUUCUGAGCUUUUUAAAGGGCCAGAUCUCUCUGGAAUAAUUUUAAUUUUGUCUCAAACAGGAAUGAUUUUUUAAAUGGAAUGGUCUCAGGGCACCAGGGGGGGCUCAUCUGGUUCAGCAUCUGACUCUUGGAUUCAGCUUAGGUGGUGAU